AAUUCACGAUGACUUGGAGUAUCUGACCCGUUCCAUCCCUCUUUUGCCUUUCUCCCCCCCCACCAUCUUUCUCCCGGCAGAGAACGAGCGGGCGGGAAGUUGAACCAGUCGCCAUCCCAUCGCCGAGCAAACUCACAUUAUUUUGCUAUCAUAGAUCAGAUAAUAGAGGGAAAUAUGUGGUUAAAUGAUACCAUCGGAUUUGUUCCCAAAAAUUCAUGGUCAAUAGAUCCAUUUGGUUAUUCAGCUACCAUGGCAUACCUUCUUCGGCGAAUGGGCUUCAGAAACAUGCUCAUCCAGAGGACCCAUUAUGAAGUGAAAAAGGAGUUAUCUUUGCACAAAAAUCUUGAAUAUAUAUGGAGACAGAGCUGGGAUGUGGAUGAAACGACAGAUAUAUUUGUCCACAUGAUGCCGUUCUACUCUUAUGAUAUUCCACACACUUGUGGACCCGAGCCAGCUAUAUGUUGCCAGUUUGAUUUUGCUCGAAUGCGUAGUUUUGGGUACGAAUACUGCCCUUGGGGAAUUAGCCCUGUCGAAACAAGUCCUAGUAAUGUGCAGGAGAGAGCAUCAAAGCUUUUGGAUCAGUACAGAAAAAAAUCAACUCUUUAUAGAACCAACACACUUCUUGUUCCUCUAGGAGAUGAUUUCCGUUAUGUUAGUGUUGAUGAAGCAGAAGCUCAGUUCAGAAAUUAUCAACUGCUCUUUGAUUACAUAAAUAGCAAUCCCACUUUGAGGGCUGAAGUCAAGUUUGGCACACUUGAUGAUUAUUUUGUUACUCUACGUGAGGAAGCAGAAAGAAAGAACUAUUCCCUCCAUGGAGAAAUAGGAUCUGGAGAACUUAGUGGAUUCCCUUCUCUUUCAGGCGAUUUCUUUACUUAUGCUGACAGGAAUCAAGAUUACUUCAGCGGAUACUUCGUUUCAAGGCCGUUCUUCAAAGCUGUAGACCGCAUACUGGAACAGACGCUACGGGCAUCGGAGAUUAUGGUUUCAUUUGUUCUAGGAUACUGUCAGAAGUUACAAUGUUCAAGACUUCCUAUAAGUUUUUCUCACAAGUUGACUGCUGCUAGGAGGAGUCUAGCUUUAUUCCAGCACCAUGAUGGAGUUACCGGUACUGCAAAAGAUCAUGUGGUUGAAGACUAUGGGACUCGCAUGCAUACUUCUUUGCAAGACUUGCAGAUAUUUUUGUCGAGAGCUGUUGAAGUCCUUCUUGGGGAUAUUCAUGACAAGAGAGAUCCUACAGUGUUGGCCAGUUUUGAGCCUGAGCAGACCAGAUCCAGAUAUGAUGUCCAGGCGGUCCAUAGGAUUCUUGAUAUUCAUGAAGGGCAGUCCCAUUCAGUAGUCUUCUUCAACCCUUUGGAGCAGACAAGGGUUGAGGUUGUUAUGGUUAUUACAUCCACACCCGACAUCUCUGUCAUCGACUCAAAUGGAGCCUGUGUUCCGAGCCAAGUUUCUCCAGAACUGCAGCCAUAUAUGAAGGACAAAAUUUUCACGGGCCAUCAUUGUCUUUAUUGGAAGGCUUCGGUACCUCCAAUGGGCUUGGAAACUUAUUAUGUUACUCGCGGAUUCAAAGGUUGUGAAAAAGCAGCUCUUGCUGAAGUGAAGAUAUGGCCAGAUCUGGGUUCCUUAACAUGCCCUUUUCCUUAUACCUGUUCAAAAUUAGAAGGAGAGAAGGCAGAAAUUCGCAAUGCCCACCAUACCAUCGUAGUUGAUGCAACUCAUGGUUUGAUAGAACAAAUUAUUCAUAAAGAUGGCCGAAAAACUGUUCUUGGGGAAGAAAUAGGUAUGUAUAGCAGUAUUGGAAGCGGAGCCUACUUGUUUAAACCGACGGGUGAAGCUCGUACGAUUAUCGAGAAAGGCGGCCACUUCAUCAUAUCAUCGGGGCCACUGGUGCAAGAAUCUUACUCUGUUCCAAAAACUAAAUGUUCUAAGGCACCAGUCUCUCACAGCACACGAAUCUACAAGCUAGAGAACACCAUGCAAGAAUUACUAAUUGAGAAGGAAUACCAUGUUGACAUACUAGGUGGAGAAUUUAAUGACAGGGAACUUAUUGUCAGAUUUAAGACAGACAUCGACAACAAGAGGAUUUUCUAUUCUGAUCUAAAUGGUUUUCAAAUGAGCAGGAGAGAAACUUAUGAUAAAAUUCCAAUACAAGGUAAUUAUUAUCCAAUGCCUUCUCUUGCCUUCUUACAGGAAACAUCAGGUCGUAGGUUUUCUGUGCAUUCGAGACAGUCACUGGGAGCAGCAAGCCUUAAGAAUGGUUGGCUGGAGAUCAUGUUAGAUCGCCGUCUUGUUAACGAUGAUGGCCGUGGCCUAGGACAAGGAGUGAUGGAUAACCGCCCGAUGAAUGUUGUCUUCCAAAUCCUCAUAGAAUCCAAUGUUUCUGCCUUGCACUCUACUAAAUACUUAACGCUCCAUCCAUCAAUUCUUUCCCAUUCUGUUGGGGCUCACCUAAACUACCCCAUGCAUGCAUUUGUAAGCAGGAAAGAGGAGGCGAUACCGUCGAAGCCGUCCUCGGGAACCUUUGCUCCUUUGUCUUCUUCCUUGCCGUGUGAUUUGCAUAUAGUGAACUUAAAAGUUCCGCAGCCUCUGAAGUUCCCCCAGGCUCAGUCAGUUGAGCCAAGGUUUGCCAUUUUUUUACAAAGAAGAGGUUGGGAUUCUUCAUACUGUAGUAGGGGGGAGUUGGAGUGUUCAUUAGUGAGUAAUGAACCUGUGAAUUAUUUCAACAUUUUUAAAGAUCUUUCCGUUCAGAAUAUGAAGCCAACUUCCUUGAAUCUCCUGCAUGAUGACCCUGAAAUGCUGGGAUAUGCUGAACAGCGUGGCAAUGUGGGCCAGGAGGUUAAUAUGGUGCUAAAUCCCAUGGAAAUACAGGCAUUCAAAUUAGAGCUGCAACAACGAACUUGAGUACAGAUAUCUGAUAUCUGAAUAGUUUUAGUCAUGGUAAUUACUUCUUUGUGUAUCAUUCUCUUGACCUCAGAGUUUUUUUUUCUCUUUUAAUGGUACUGGCAUAAAGGUUUCUCGCAAGUAGAUGAGAUGGAUACUUUUAUAUCCAAGCCUUGUUCUUCUCUACAUAUAUCAGUUUGGUGGCAUUGAAUUUUCCACAACUUGGCAAUUUCAACUUAAUUUUCUAGUUCUUUAAGCUUAAUUUUUCGUUGAAUUGUAAUGAAAUUUGUCAUAGUUUUGGGCUACCAAACAAUAUCUUGUAUUCCUCUGAAUUUUGGC